AUGACCCCUCUACUAUUUUGCCUGUUGGCGGCCGGCACCUUCUGGGGCCUUUGCCAAAUGAGCAGUGCCGAAGCGUCUGCAGAAGCUGCCUCCGACAGCUUUCGCUGGAGCGGAGGGUGGCUGAAGGAGUUCAAGGCCACGGGCAAGUACUUCCACAGCAAAGCAGUUGUGCUGGAGAUUUUGCAGCUCAUCAACCAAAGCAAGCGCUUGAUGAACCUAUUGUACAUGGGGCAGGCGUUUGUUUGGAUCUGCGUGUAUUCUCUAUUGAUCUGCUUGAAUGCGGUGGUAACGCCAGUCUUGCAUUUCUCGCCCCGUGUUCAGAACAACACAUUCUUCCUCGUCCUGUUCGAUGCAGCUAUGGAUACUACCUUUGCAGCCGUUCUGCCAGUACUCAUGGUUACAAAUGUCACGAUCACAUACUUAACCACAGACCUUGACAUGGCGGUGAUGGAUCACAGAUGGCGCUGCCCUCGCGCCCUGGGUGGUUUGUACAUGGUGCUUGGGCUGGCAGUUGGACUCCUGGGCAUGACGGCAAGAUUGCGAUCGCCGUGCUGGACCAAGAAGUGGCGAGAGGGAUGCUGCAUUUUUCGGUUCGACCUCUGGGGCGCCGAAUGCGAGUGCGCCUUCUAUGAGCGAAGGCGUUCCUGCAGCAACGAGCCUCUGCUCCGGGCCAUGCUCGAUGAGUCCAGAUCUCUCCAGGUGCUCAAACUGCACCGUUGCUGGAUGCAUCCGCAUUUCCCAGCCUUGGACAAGAACAGCAAGCUCCAGUUCUUGUACUUACCGGGCAAUCACAUUCAGGAGCUUCCACCUCUCAGCAACCUCGUUCACCUCCUGGACUUAAACGUCCAAGAGAACCAGCUAAGCCACCUGCCCAGCUUGGCAUCCAAUGCGGCGCUGGAAUACAUAAAUGUUGAACAGAACCUCUUGGAUAAGUUGCCGCUCCCAAUCUGCGUGAGAACAGUCAGCUGUCCGUGCUCAGCCUGA